AUGGCAUCCUUCAACAAUGUCUUGACCAAAGCUUCCGCUGGGCGCCUCUGCAAGGCCAUGGGUGUCCGGAUGGUUGCCAACCCGCUUGUGGUGCAGCUGGCGGCGAACGCCGGCUUCGAAGCGCUAUUCAUCGACCUCGAACACUCUACGUUGUCACUCGCCGACGCCAGCGCCAUCGCGUGCGCAGGGCUCCUCAGCGGUCUGACGCCGCUCGUACGGGUACCAUACCAGUGCGGCAUCGGGUUUGUGCAGCAAGCACUCGACGGCGGCGCAAUGGGCAUCGUGUUCCCGCACGUCCACACAGCGGCCGACGCGCGCGCCGCUGUUCAGACGUGCAAGUUCCCCCCGCUGGGGGUGCGCUCUAUGUGGGGACAGCAGCCCGCCCUGGGAAUGCGCGUGACGGCCAUCAACCGCAUCGUCGAGGUCUGCAACGCAGCCGCCUCGUCCGUCAUCGUUAUGAUCGAGGCCGCCUCCAGCAUCGACAACAUCGAGGCCAUCGCAGCCGUCGAGGGCGUCGACGUGCUCCUGGUCGGCUGCCUCGACCUGUCCACUGACAUGGGCAUGCCCGGCCGGUUCGAGACGAGGGCAUUCCGGACGGCGCUGGAGAAAGUAAGCGCCGCGUGCCGACACAGCGGGAAGACUAUGGGUCUGGCGGGCAUCUACAACAACCGGGAGCUGCACGAGUGGGCUAUUAACACGCUCAACGUCCGUUUUAUGCUCUGCCAGCAGGACUCGAAUCUACUCGCCAUGGCCGCCGUAGAUUGCGCAUCUGCAGUGGCCAAGAUCGAUAGAACGCGGUUGCUGAACUAA